AUGAAAGCUGGCUCUCCUCUUGGCCUCGUCACGGCAGCACUGUUGGCGCCCGUUGCGGCAGACUGGCAGUUUAGAUCUCGGCCGGACCUGGCGCCGCCUCGUCUGAACAUCACCAUUCCGGCUACAAAUGCCGUUGACAAGGGCUACCUGUUCCUCGCGCCGUUUGCUGGCUUCCCCGAUACGCCGACGGAGCAGCAUGGUCCCCGCCAGGCUGGGCCGUACAUCUUCAGGGACAAUGGUGACCUGGUGUGGUCUGGAUACUCUAUUUUCAGCAUCUGGUCUACCAACUUCCAGGCUGGUCGUUGGAAGGGCAAGGACGUCUUGUUCAGCUUUGAAGGCGACCACAACGCCGGAUAUGGGCACGGCCAUGGCCACAUUACGUUUGUUGACCAGCGGUAUGAGACCAUUCGCGAGCUUCGCGCGGGGAAUCACAAGCUGGUUGACAAACACGAGUUCCAUAUCGUGAAUGAGGAAACGGGCCUGAUCCAGAUCUAUCAACCUGUGCCGCGAGACUUGACAAAAUGGGGCGCCAGCCCAGAGCAGCAAUGGAUUGUGAAUGCCAUCAUUCAAGAGCUUGACAUUUCUACUGGAAAGCUGCUGUUUGAGUGGUCCAGCCUGGAUCAUGUAACUCCCGACGAGGCCAUUCUCCCAAUCAACCCAGGCCAAGCCGGCUCAGGUUACAACUCCUCAGACGCAUGGGACUACUUCCACAUCAACAGCGUCGACAAGGACGCUGAGGGCAACUACCUCAUCUCCGCCCGUGACGCCUGUGCCCUUCACAAGAUCAACGGCACAGAUGGCUCCAUCAUCUGGCGCCUCAACGGCAACAGAAGCGACUUCAAAAUGGCCAAGGGCACCAAGUUCUGCUUCCAGCACCACGCCCGCUGGCUCAGCCAGGAAGACGGCAUCGAAACCAUCAGCCUGUACGACAACAGCGCCCACGGCACCGAGCACAGCGGCGGAUCAGAGGUCCACACCGCGCCGACCAGCAGCGCAAAGAUCUUGAAACUCAACACCAAGUCCUGGACCGCCGACCUCGUCCGCGCUUACUUCCCACCUGACCAUCUGUUGUCCAAGUCCCAGGGCAGCACUCAAGUCUUGCCCGGCGGCAACGUGCUCGUCGGCUGGGGCUCCGAGGGCGCCGUUACCGAGUUCACCAGCGACGGAACGCCCAUCUUCCACGCGUACAUGGACUCUGGUCCUCUCGGCGACGGCGUUCAAAACUACCGCGCCUUCCGCUACAACUGGACCGGUCUGCCCAGCGAGGACCCUGCCAUUGUUGCGCUUGAGAGCAACCACGGCACCGCCGUCUACGUCUCCUGGAACGGCGACACCGAGACUGCUGUUUGGCGGUUCUACGCUGAGACGGAUGAGUUUGGAUCCCGCCGCUUCUUGGGUGAAGUCGAGCGCAGGAGCUUUGAGACGAAGCUCCUUGUUCCCAACCAGAAACUCACUUCCGUGUCGGCAGAAGCCAUUGACGCUUCUGGCAAGCUGCUCAUCUCCACUGCAGUAGUCAAGACGGAGCAGGAACUGCUCCCGCCUCGCACCGAGGCCACUUCACACAAGGUCAAGCUUGUUGAGGAAGUGGAGGAGCAAAAGGCUUUCGAGAAGGGCGGCCUUGGGAAAGAAUACGGUCUUUUGAAGUUUGUUCGCCUCAGAAUCCCUCUCGGAGACGACCUCUAA